AUGGCAGCUCUCCGCACUGGCCCAUCGCUCUAUGCACUGCCUAGCCGGAUCUAUGCAGGCCAGCGCCGCAACAUCACGAUCAAACAGCUCGAAGCCGCCAAGAAUGAUCGCGAACGUGUCGUCGUCCUUGGCUCCGGCUGGGCAGGCUAUAACCUCGCCCGCAGUCUCAAUCCCAAAAAGUUCCAGACCGUCGUUGUCUCGCCACGCUCAUACUUUGUUUUCACACCACUCCUAGCCUCGACGUCGGUAGGCACGCUAGAGUUUCGAACAGCACUGGAGCCAGUGCGCUCGCACCGAAGCAAGUAUGAGUACAUACAAGGUCGAGCAGAUGCCGUCGACUUUGGCAAGAAGGAGAUCAUGGUUCGAGAGACGGUCAGAGAUCCGAACCAAGGGCUUUUGAACACGAGGGCAGGUGAAGUUCGAGAUGAGAGGCCUUUGGAGAUGCGAAUCGAAGCUUCUCGUGGCGAGCUGUUCCCUUUAUCUUACGACAAGCUGGUUAUAGGUGUCGGGAGUUACUCACAGACUUUUGGCAUACCCGGCGUAAAGGAGAAUGCCUUUUUCUUGAAGGACGUUCAGGAUGCGAGGAAGAUCCGGAACAAGCUUCUAUCAUCAUUCGAGACCGCCGCACUACCAACAACACCUGUGGCACUCAAGAAACAGCUCCUCAACUUCGCUAUCGUUGGUGGUGGUCCGACCGGGAUCGAGUUCUCGGGUGAGCUGCGAGAUAUCGUACGAGAGGAUCUGGCCAGGUUAUACCCGCAUCUGAUAGAGCAUGUCCAGAUCACGGUCUACGAUGUUGCCGAUAAAAUCUUGCCAAUGUUUGAGGCGAAGCUCGGCGAGUAUGCGAUGCAGCAUAUAGGACACGAGGGUGUCCAGAUCAAGACCAAGCACCACAUCAAAGAGCUCAGACGUGGCUUCCCACAAGUCGAUGGACAAGGUGAUCUCAACCAUGACGUCAAGGCCAGUGGAUUUACGCUCAGCCUGCAGAAUGGCGAGACGUCAGAAGUAGGCUGUGGAUUCGUGGUCUGGAGCACAGGACUGAUGAGCAACCCAUUUGUCGAGAAAGCCUUGAGCCCAAGCUUUACUGCACCAGCAAGCUCCGUCCGACUGCUGGAGAACAUCAACGCCAGUCCUACAUCUUCGGCAGAUUGGCGGAUACAGAAGCACGCACGAACGGGUAGUGUCAUUACGGACGACUUCUUGCGAGUCCAGCUCGAUCCAGGAGACCACCACGAUGACAAACCUGCUGCCGUCCUCCGGGAUGUCUUCGCACUCGGCGACUGUGCGAUCGUGGACGGUACACAGUACCCAGCUACGGCGCAAGUAGCUUCGCAGAAAGCCAAGUGGUUGGCCAAGAAGCUGAACAAAGGCACGACGGACAUCAGGCCCUUCAGUUUUGCCAGUCAAGGCGUGAUGGCGUAUAUUGGUCGCUGGAACGCCAUCGUGCAGAUGAACCAGGGCAGUCUUUCUGGCCGAGCGGCGUGGAUCAUGUGGCGUGGCGCUUACUUGACCAAGUCGAUUUCGUGGCGGAACAGGAUCUUGAUCCCUGUCUACUGGUGA